UCAUCAUAGAACCAGCACAAUCGCAUCGAGGACAUCGGUAUAUUCGUGUCUAUCGACAAGUUUCACCAGCAUCUUCAUUUCGGUGAUUCGAUCAACAGCAACUAGUAUUCAGUCUCAAGUACGAAUAGAUUUGUUAGUGAGACAAAAAUAUGGAAGGCAGCAAACUUUAUAACCCACACGAAAAAGUGCCGCCGGGUGAAGAGAUUGUGAUUUCUGGUAUCGCCGGUCGAUUUCCCGAUACAGACAAUAUGAAGGAGUUGCAAGAAAAUCUUUUGAACAUGAUGGACCUAGGUUCGGACGACAAUCGACGAUGGAACAACGCUCAUUAUGACAUGCCAGAUCGGUCAGGAAAGAUUAAUAAUAUAAGCAAGUUCGACGCCGAGUACUUUGGUAUUUCAUCUGUGGAAGCGCAUAUUACUGAUCCUAUGUGCAGGAUGUUGCUCGAGCACACUUAUGAAGCACUUAUCGACGCCGGUGUAAAUCCCAAAGAAUUACAAGGAACGAAAACUGGUGUCUUUAUAGGAUCGUGUUAUUCUGCAACGGCCACCAUAACUCUUCUUACCAUGCCUCAGUCACCUGGAUACUCAGUUAUUGGUUGCGGUAAAUACUGGCUAGCGAACAGUAUUUCUAAUUGGCUCGGUCUUACUGGACCAUCUUAUGUGGUGGAUACGGCCUGCAGUUCAAGCCACUACGCUAUUGCGGAAGCUUUCAGAAUGAUACGAGGUGGAGAGUGCGACGCAGCUAUCGUGGGUGGUGCUAAUCUGUGUCUUCAUCCCAAUAUAACGCUUCAAUUUUUUCACCUCGGAGUCCUCUCCGCGGAUGGUUACUGUAAGCCCUUCGAGGCGAGCGGUACGGGUUAUAUGCGCAGUGAAGCAAUCGCAGUAAUAUAUCUACAGAAAGCGAAGAACGCGAAACGAAUCUAUGCUACCCUCGUCUACUCUAAAACUAAUUGCGAUGGUUGGAAGCCAGAAGGGAUUACAUAUCCUUCUCUCAGUAUGCAAAAGAAAUUAUUGGAAGACUUUUACAAUGAUUGCGGCAUCACACCUGAAGAGCUGUCCUAUAUGGAGGCCCACGCCACUAGUACUUUAGCAGGAGAUCCGCCAGAAGUUAACGCCAUCGAUCAGGCUUUAUGUUCAAAGAGGACUACUCCCUUAUUGAUAGGUUCGAUAAAAUCAAAUCUCGGGCAUUCUGAACCUGUUAGUGGUCUUUGUCAAGUGGCAAAAGUGUUGAUAGCGAUGGAAACAGGCAUUAUUCCACCAACCAUACACUACAAAACACCGCGAAAGGAACUGACUCCUAUAAUUGAAGGAAGAAUGAAUGUCGUCACUGAACCAACUUCAUGGAACGGUGGUUACAUUGGCGUUAAUAAUUUCGGAUUUGGCGGUGGAAACUGUCACAUACUACUGAAAUCAAAUCCCAAAAAUAAAAUCAAUGUUGGAAUACCAGAUGGCUUACCUAGACUUGUAGCGGUAUCUGGUCGUACUGAGGAGGCUGUUCAGGCUCUAUUAGAUGACGUGAAUAGCCGACAGAUAGACGUGGAAUAUAUGGCUCUUCUGCAUAGCAUUCAUGCAGAAAAUAUUCAAGGCCAUUCCUAUAGAGGAUAUACUAUUGCUGGACCUGAAGUUCCUGUUAACAAAAUAAGAAAAGUUGAAAACUGCGCAAACCCAAGGAGACCAAUCUGCUUUGUAUUUCCUGGAACAGAAGUUGAGUGGCGUAGCAUAGAACUGAUGAAACUACCAGUGUUUGCAAAGGCAAUAAAGAAAUGUAAUGAAACAUUAAAGCAGCGGGAUAUAUGUGUUACGGAUAUUAUAAAAAACAAAAAUAAAACUACCAGCAAUAGCAUCGUAGAAUCAUUUGUAGCAAUCAUUGCCAUACAGAUUGGAAUAGUGGAUAUCUUAACACACAUUGGUAUUCUAUCCGAUUACACGAUAGGUCAGUCUAUUGGCCAACUUAUAUCCGAAUAUGUUGAUGGACGUUUCACUAUCGAGACAACAAUUUUGACGGCGUAUUUCAUAGGCACGGCGUUUGAGCAGGCCAUGUCUCAGGUUGAUGACAUUACUACGAAUCAAGGCAACUAUCUUGAUGUUGUUAGAUCAAAACUCUUGGAGCAUCUCUACCGAAUAUUACCAGCGAACUUUCCAAACAGCCGCGGUGUAACACAGUUGGGCAGGUCACGAAGCGAACGCGACAAGUUUGAGACCGCUGCAGAAUAUUAUGUAGACAUUAUACUGAAUCCAGUACCAUUACAAAAAAUUACAGCUUUGUUACCGAAAGAUACGAUACUCGUCGACAUAGUACCACACAAUACUUUUCAGCCACUCAUAUCAAACUUGGAGUCAGUGAUAACGUUGAUUUCACUCUAUAAACGCGGCCAGAAGCAUACCAUGCAAAACUUUUUAGAAGGAAUCGGAGAUCUUUAUAAUGUAGGACUUCAGCCACAGAUUGCAAGUUUGUAUCCGCCAGUGCAAUUUCCUGUUAGUCGGGGAACACCAAUGAUAUCUCCUCUCAUUAGAUGGAAUCACUCUGAGGACUAUUACUUCUACCAUUAUACAGGUGAAAGUAAAAUUUUCAGCAGAGAAAGAAUCGUCACUAUUACAACCGCUGAUGCAGAUUUUGAAUAUAUGUCUGACCAUAUAAUCGAUGGAAGAAAUUUGUUACCAGCUAUGGGUUACCUUUACGAAAUUUGGCAUACUAUUGGUUUGUUGAGCGGCAUUGAUCAUAGAAACAUACCUAUUGUAUUUGAAAAUGUUAAAUUCAUACGCGCUACUCACUUAUCACGACAAGACAAGCUGGACUUAACUAUUAUGAUCCAAGAAGGCGGUAAUAAUUUCGAGAUUAUAGAGGGAGAGAAUGUAAUCGUCAGUGGAGUCGUGAGGGUGCCUGACGAUAUCGUGAAAGAGAAAAUAUCCGUUCAGUUUCUAUCGAAAAACGAAGAUGAUGAAGAAUGCAUGAAUGCUGCAGAUAUUUACAAGGAACUACGACUCCGUGGCUACCAGUAUAAUGGUCUAUUUCGUUCAUUAAAAAGCUCCUCAAUUAAUGGAAGUACAGGGCAUAUCACGUGGGCAACAAAUUGGGUAGCGUUUAUGGACAAUAUGCUGCAAAUAAAACUCUUAUCGGUUGACUCGAGAAAUCUUUACGUACCGACUCAAAUUCGUAAAUUGGUAAUCGACCCUGCACAUCAUAUGACGCAAUUUCAUAACCUCUCUAUUGAAGAAAGAAAUGUACCCGUACGUGUCUAUGAUUCUUUCGACGCCAUUAUAUCCGGAGGAAUUGAAAUUUGUGGGCUGAAGUCCAUGGUCAUAUCCCGCCGAUCGACGAACGUCGAAUCUGUACACGAAGAAUACAAGUUCAUUGCUCACCGCGAUCAUAACACGAUCUCUUUGAAAGAUGCGGUGCAAAUAUCGAUACACAUCGCGCUUGAAUGUUACAAUUUGAGAAACGUCAAAGUGAUCGAGUUUGUCGAGGACGAUGACAAGAUUCUACUGGAGGAUCUAGUUAUUCCAAUUGUGGACAAAGUUCUGAGCAACUUGCCAUUAGUGCGAUCUAAUCUGACGUUGGCUGCGAUGGAGAACAGAUUCGACUGCUCUUUGUUACCACAAAAUCUAUCGGUCGUACAACCUAACAAAGUGUUAAACGGCGAUACGUUCCUAAUGGUUGUUGGAGUUGGAGUAUUAACGAAAAGUGCACACACAUUACUGUCUAAUAUAAUGGCUGGUGGCUUUCUGUUUACCCGAGAGGACCUCAAUGUCACAUACGACAAUGAGUUGCUCCAACAGUACAAUUUGAAUAUCAUUUUGGAGAAACGCACGGAACGGGAGUUGGUGUUGCUUCUGAGAAAGGCGCAAAGUGCAAUAAUAAAAAGAGAAAUCGUGCAUAUAAACAAUUACGAGUUUUCGUGGAUCGAAAAGCUCAAAUCUUCAUUGGACACGGACGACGAGACGAACUCACGAGUAACACUUGUUGUGGAGAUGAUCCUGAGUGCGGUGUCAUAG